GGCUGCGAGAGAGGGGGAGAAGGACACACGCGCACACGCACACACCAAGCCAGGCAGGGAACGGGGGGUGGGCGAAAAGUGGCUGGUUUCUCCACGGACGGAAUGCUGCUUCGGAGCCGCCUGGUCGUGCUGGCGGUCUUCUUGGGAGCGCUCUUCCUCUCCUCCGGGCUGGCUUGUGGACCGGGCAGGGGCUUUGGCAAGCGGAGGCACCCGAAAAAGCUGACCCCUUUAGCCUACAAGCAGUACAUCCCCAAUGUGGCAGAGAAGACCCUGGGGGCCAGCGGAAGAUACGAAGGCAAGAUCACCAGGAACUCGGAGCGCUUUAAAGAGCUCACUCCGAAUUACAACCCUGACAUUAUUUUUAAGGAUGAAGAGAACACGGGAGCGGACAGGCUGAUGACUCAGCGCUGCAAGGACAAGCUCAACGCCCUGGCGAUCUCGGUGAUGAACCAGUGGCCUGGCGUCAAGCUGCGCGUAACCGAGGGCUGGGAUGAGGACGGGCACCACUCCGAGGAGUCGCUCCACUACGAGGGCCGCGCGGUGGACAUCACCACUUCGGAUCGGGACCGCAGCAAGUACGGCAUGUUGGCCCGCCUGGCCGUGGAGGCGGGCUUCGACUGGGUCUACUACGAAUCCAAGGCGCACAUCCACUGCUCCGUCAAAGCGGAGAACUCUGUGGCUGCCAAAUCGGGCGGCUGCUUCCCUGGAACGGCCUUGGUGAAUCUGGAGGAAGGGGGCACCAAGCUGGUGAAGGACCUCAGCCCUGGCGACCGGGUGCUGGCGGCCGACGCACAGGGGCAGCUGCUCUACAGCGAAUUCCUGGCUUUCCUGGACCUGGAGGAGGCCCCGCUUCACAAACUCUUCUACGUCAUCGAGACCCAGCAGCCCCGGACACGCCUCUUGCUCACGGCUGCACACCUGCUCUUUGUGGCCCCACCCCAGAAUCAUUCCCAGCCCCAGUCCAUUUACGCCAGUCGUGUGCAACCAGGACAGCAUGUCUACGUGCUUGGCCAAGGGGGCCAGACGCUGCUACAGGCCGUGGUGCACAGCGUGUCCCUGCAGGAAGAGGCUUCGGGGGCCUAUGCCCCACUUACCGCUCAGGGCACAAUCCUCAUCAAUCAGGUGCUGGCAUCAUGUUAUGCUGUCAUUGAGGAGCAUAGCUGGGCCCACUGGGCAUUCGCCCCUUUCCGAGUAGCUCACGCUCUCCUGGCAAUGCUCUGUCCCAGCAGCCUCUCCCCCAUCCUCUUUCCGGCUGCUGCAUUGGACGAAUCCUCAACUGGAGUCCACUGGUAUUCUCGCCUCCUCUACAACAUUGGCCACUGGGUAUUGGAUUCUGAGAUGUUGCACCCACUGGGCAUGGCCAGCUGAGGGCGACAAUGCGCUGAACACUCCACUGUUAUCCACCAUAAGAAUAAAAUCAUACAAGGGGGGGGGUAAACUAAGAUGAAGAAAGAAAGAAAGAAAGAAAGAAAGAAAGAAAGAAAGAAAGAAAGAAAGAAAGAAAGAGACUUUUAAAUGAUAAUAAUAGUAGGACAGUCCAAAGUAGACUUUGAGGAGCAGGAAGAGCCGAGGAAAUUUCGUUUUAGUUUAUAAAUAUAUAUAUUUUUAUUUGAUUUAUAAUUUUUUGUCUGUUUUGUUGUCCUCAUCUCCUCGAUAUUUAUUUGUUUGGUAUUUUGAAAUAGAUGUUUUAAAUAAUAUGAACCCGACUUUCAAGAGCCUUAAAUAGUUUCUUUGAUAAUUUAUUAUCAUGUGAACUGUACACUCACAGGGAAAAGAAAAUUAUUUUGCGAGGCCAAGCAAAACUGCACAGAGUUCUAUUUUUCUAUAUGUCACGUGUGUCCAGAUUUCCCAAAAGUCCCAUCGCUGCCCUUCCCGCCUCUGCAUAGCUCUUUCCCAUCAGUGAGUCCACGGAACAAACAAGAGACAAACUCCACAGGGUGGGGAGGGGGGAGAGGGGGGGUUCCGUAAAUUAUAUUUUUAUACAUAGAAUUGUAAAUUCAAUUUUUUUGAGAGAUCAAUACUUAACUGUCACAUUUCAUUUUUUUUGAAAUAGUGUAAAAUAUGAGAAUAUAUUAUUUUAAUUUAAAUAGUAUCAAGUGUAAUGUCAUCUCCUGUAUUGUUUUCCAUUGUCUUUGAAUAUUUUGCUUUGUAUAAAAAAAACAAAACCCGCCUCCAACUCAACAACCCCCUUUCCUCCACACUCUUGGAAUUCAAGACUGUUACACAAAACAUAUUCAUUUGCAAAACCGUGGGGAGGAGGAGGAAAACUCUCUUAUUUUUACUUUCAAAAUCCAGAAGAAGAAAUUUAUGAGAAAAUAAUAUUUUUUAAAAAGCGCACAUGUUGGCUAUUAUGUGACAAUGGAGAAUAGUUUGUACAGAGGGGGGAAAGGAUGUUUUGCAUUAAUAAACUGAUAAAUAACCGCUGUCAAUUUACUAAAAUGUAUUUUUGAAUAUUUUGUAAUAGUUUUAAUAGUUUUAUAGAAAUAAAAUGUGCCAUGCACAGUCUGGUUAGUAUAUAA